GAACAUGGUAAUUGUUAUUAUGAGCAUGUUAGCAUGUUGAUGUUAGCAUUUAGCUCAAAGCACAACUGUGCCUAUAAGUACAGCCUCACAGAGCUGUUAGCAUGUGUUUUCUAUUCAUCCACUGCUUUAAAUAGUUACAUAUGACCCCCUCACAAACAACAAUAUGCAUGUAAAUAACUAAUAAUAUGUAAUUUGACUGACAACUGAUCUGAGCUUAACUCAGUAUCAAAAUGCUCAUUAGCCACUCAUCCACCCACCGUUAAUUCACUGACACACACACAUGCACACACUGUUCAGAGAUUAGAAGGCAGCUAAUGAGAUGACAGCUAAUCCUCAGAGCUAAAGGUAGAGUUAUGGCCCUCUCUGUUACACACACACGUACACGCACACAUUACACACAUUCACAAAGAGGAAUCCUCAUAUUCACACUGAUGCCAAGAGGAGACAGAGGAGAAGAUCAAGCUGAAGACAAGUCACAACAGAGGAAAACUGAAUGUUUGAGGUUGUGAGGGCGGCUGGAAACAAGAAAGGUGAUUUUCUUAAGAAGUGAGGGAGGAAGGUUGGAAGUAAUGAGGGGAGGAGGGAGAGACGGCAUUUAGCAAAACAGGACACAAGGUGUAAAUUUAAAGGUUGGAGCUGUUGCCAUGGCGAGACCAAGGCGCCCUGCAUCUGAGAGCUACCAGCCAGUCUGUUAUUCAGGCAGUCAGUCGGUCUCUUUCUCCAGUGAAGCUGGGAUUGUGGGACUGGAGGAUGAGGAUGAUCGUGCGCCCAUUUACUCCCUCUCUAAGAGCUCCAUAGAUGUGGUCGUGCCGAUGGGGCCGCCGCAUAAGCAGGACCUGAGACGCAGCUCCAGCACCAACACACACUCUGAGCAGAACUCAAUGACAUUCCAGCAGCUGCACCCUCACAUGUGGCAGCACAUCAACGCCAAUGGCCACCAGUUGUCACUCACAGCCCAAAACAUGGAUGUGCACAGCCCUCCUCCCCUCAGCGAGCGCUGGAUUACCAACAUGCAGCGCUGGAGCAGGUGUAGCGGCAGCACACACAGCCGCAGCAGCACUCCAGAGACAGUUGUAUGGAAAGAUGGGACCUCACACCCCUCGAGCCAGGACACCACUUACUCUGCUGUGCCGGACUCUCCCAUGUCCAAACCAACCACUUCAUCAACCACACCCUCUCCCUUCAUCUCCCCCCUGCAGACACCAACUUUACCACCUCUAGAUCUUUUAACUUCUUCUUCUUCACAACUAACGCUGAGAACACAUCAGCAGAAAGACUUACUUGUGUCCUUGCCCAUACCCUCUCCACUGCUGUCACCCCUGCAGGCUAACAGCUCCUCACCCUUGCCAUCCAACUCCCCCGAUCUCCACCAGCUCACCCGCACAGAGGAUGAGGGCUUCCUGGAGAAUAACUUGCUUUUUUUUACAUUCCCUUCCCCGAUCCCGUCUUCUGUUAGCUUAGCGGGAGGAGGUGUGUCAUCAGAUCCUGGAUGCCUUGCUGAUGACGAGAUAGAAAAGCUGCAGAGUCCUGGAGGCACGCAGUUAUCAGAAGGUGGAGGAGUGAGAAGCCCAGUGCAAAUGUUUAACUACCUGACACCUAAUUCUCCAGCAGAGGGACAGGAAUCAGGAAGAGGAGCCUCAGUUUGCCAUCUUGAGCUGCCAUGGCAGCCGGGGCAAAGCUGUCUGACAGGCCGAGGUUGGAGGUCACCCCUGGUUACUUCCUUGAGUGACUCGCAAUUGGGUGACUGCUGCAGGUGCAACUUGAACACCAGAGAGGACACCACAAAGGCUCCAAAGGUUGAGAUGUUCAGGGAUGAAGGUACAAUGACUUCACGACUGGAACUGGUAGACGCAGCGGUGCAGACAAUCUCUCCUAUCGGCUCCUUGUGGGGCCUCAGGAGGAACAUCUCCACCUCCAACAUGGACUCCCACUCCAUCUUGGGCUCGCCACCUGGAUCUAGACUGAACCUGAAGUCCUCAGUGGGGUCGAACUCCAAUCUGGUGUCCCCGUCCUCCAGCAUGUUCCCAGUGAGCAGCAGAGAGGAGGAGGAGAGACAAGGAGACGACCUGACAUGGGACUCUGCCUCCUUCGAUCUGGAGAGGAGGAGGUCGUGUCUGAAGAUCCAUGGGGAGGAGAGGGACGAGCAUGGGAGGAGAAGCAGCAUGAAGCAGGUGCAGUGGGACGAGGAUGGAAUGACAUGGGAUGUUUUCGGAGCAUCUGUGGACCCGGAGGCACUGACCACAGCCAUACAGAAGCAUCUGGAGCUUCAGAACAGCCCCCAACCAGCAAGACGUACCUCGAAGAUGAGGAAACCCCCCAAACCUCUCAUAUCGAACGUGGUAAAGGCCAUGGCCCCAGAACUUAAUCUGCCUGUGAUGAAUAUUACGUCGACUUGUAUGGUGAAGGGUGAGAAUGAGGGGACACCAGAGGCAGACGCAGGGAGGGAGGUGGAAGAGGAAGAAGGAGGCAAAAAGGAGGAAACGGUAGAAGCUGCAUGUAGAAUAAGCAGAACAGAGGGAGAUAAUGCAAAGGAGGAGGAGGAGGUGUGCAGAGAGGAAGGCACCAGCCAUACUAAGUCACCCUCACGUGGGAGUGCACACAGCCGCAAGAAGAGUGUGAUCAGGUCACUGAGGAGGCCUGGGUGGUGUGGAGGCUCCAGGAAUGCAGAUGACUGAUCCUGGAGACUAAUGUAAUGGUUUUGAUUUGAUUGAUAUUGAUUAUCCAUAGCUGAUCAAGUCCUCAGUUUGCACAAAAGCUCUUCUAAUAAACUCUGAAUGAAGCUCAGAGAGACAUUGGGAGCAGUUUCAUGUGGUUGUCUAGACUUUCUUUUCAUCAUUUGGUAGGGUGAAAUGCAGUUUUAGAAAAGUAAGGGGAUGUAGGGGAUGUCCUACUCACUUUUAAUUGUUUCAGGUUGAUUUUCUUACUAAAAUCUCUCUAAACAUUGACUGCAACAUCUCUUACUGUCCAGUUACCAUAGUGCAGAUGAGAGAAUAGAGGAGUCGAUAAAAACAUUGAUAUUUUCAUUUGAGUUCAAUUAUUGCCAUGAGCUCACAGCAAUGAGCUUCACGUGUUUUUUCUCCCUGGGUUUUGCCUCUCAGGCUACAUAUUGAACUUGUUGGUUGAGGUUGUUAGGGCUGUAUGCAGCCUGACAGAAAUACCUACAGCCACUACUCAUGGCUGAAAAAUUACUUCCACCUCCUCCUGCACUUUCUGCAUGUUUUUUGGAUAAAAAAAAUGUCAUGUAAUCUAUAUUUUUAUUUACAGUUUUCUUUAGGAACUUGGAAGAUGCUUGAAUAAAACAUCAAUCAAAAUAAGGCAGUAAAGGGUUACUUGUUGUAAAGAUGCAAAUACACUGUUUAUCAUAUAUAUAUAUAUA